UUCAAAUUUUAUUUUGCUUACAACGACUCUAUGCUUACAAAUUUUUAUUAUAACAUUUAAAAAUUUGAAAAAAUGGAAACUAGAAGUAAAACAAAAAAAGUUUUAUAUGAACAAUUAAAUCGAGCGAUUCAAUUACAGGAAGAUGGUGAAACAAAUUUGGAAGCAUUGGAGACUCUUAAAGAAAUUAUUGAAGAAACAAAUAAGAAUACUAUUGAUACAGACUAUAAGGAUCGCGCGGAUAACAUAGACGAAGUAUUAUUAGAUGCGAAAAUCAUAUCAUCUUCAACGAAUAUUUGUUUAAAUGCAGUCGAUACGUUCGAUAUUAAUAUGGAUUCCUACAAUCUUGAUGAUUUCUCAAGCCAUUUGACAAGAUACUUGAAGAUGGAUGAUGGUGAAGAAAUACCUAAUUGGGAAAAAUUAGAGGAUGAUGUAAUGGAUAGUUUUAAAAUAACCCCUACAUUUAUCUACCUUUAUGGAGUAUUCAAAGAGAAAGACAUCACUCCAUCACAAAAAGAACGCGAACGUACAGUUCGUGGAAAAUUUGAAGCUUGUGCAAAGCAAAAGCCUGAUAAAAUUGUAGCGGUGAAUAAAGAAGAGGAAGGUGUUGAUGAAACUGUUAAGAUAAUGCUUUCUAUAUUACGCGAAUAUUGUAAAACAAAUCAAAAUUCAAGCGUAUCAUACUUUCAUUUUGUUAUCGAUGAUGAUUAUACGAAAACAAUUGAAAAUAUUUUUCAUUUUGCGUUUUUAAUACGAGAUGGUGCUGCUCAAAUUUAUGUAGACGAAAAAGAUAAUUUACCGUACAUCCAACCCAAAUCCAAAUCCAGUAAUCAAGAAAAUGAUAGACUCGAAAAUACUCAACAAGUUCUUUCCCUCGAUUGGAAUGAUUGGAUGAGUUUAAGAAAAUGUUUAAAUAUUGAUUAUUUCUUUAAAUAA